AUGGAAUUGACCGUAGGGAAUAGGCACGUGCUACUGACUGCACACAAGACGUACAGUGAACCAGAUGGGCUGCAUAGUCUCCAAGCGUUCGCGCAGUACCCUCCGCUGUGCACCUACCUGGCCGAAUGUGCGAAGAGUGGUCCAAUCCCCGAUGCCGUUGUAGUACGCCGCCUGCACCGUGUGGCGCAUCGUAUUACUGGCGCCGUGGUCGACCUGGUCUAUCGGGACGCAUGCAGCGGCACGCAGACAGAACGUGCACUGCGCCUUACCAACGUCCACCCGGCUGCGCUGCUGCCCAUCGUUGCUGUAAAAGGGCAGCGCUACGCAUUGUUGGCGCGGCAGGCGGAGUUAUCUCAAGGACUCGGAAUUGUGACCACAGCGAUGCGUGGUGUUGUGAAUGCCGAGGGUGGCUUCGCCAGUGACACGUAUGCCAGUGCACUGGAAAGUGUCGGAAUUCGACUUGCGGAUGCAACCCCUCUCUCAUCUACGGCUUUCACCAUAGGCAACGAGGGCGAGCCCGCCAUUCGUCUCUUCACUCUGACCACGACGUGCGAUGAGGUGCAGGCAGAGCAGCUUCAUGAGGACCCACGUUUAGCACUGGUGGCGCUCAAGGACGUCCUCGCCGCAGGGGAUGCUGCAGCGUCCUUGGCAGUGUCCUUGAUCCCGGCCACUGGCUAG